AUGAUCGAGACCGUGCGAGAGGCAAUGGACCCCGUGUUUGUUUCCCCGACUCCUUCUCCGAAUGCAAGGAUGACGCUGUACGCAUGGGCCGAGCUACACCUCACGUUCUACGCAAAGCCCCACGACUCAAAGAUCCAGCAGAUCCAGUCCAUGUACGUAUCUUGCAUCCCACAGUGCAACGCUAGCAUCAGCUCAUUAACAGACGUACAGGGCAACGUCACAGAUGGGGUCAAAAGUGCAAAGGUCACCUGGAUGCCAACAUCGGGCGAGACUGGUCUGUACGAGCUCGUCACUGUGGCCAGGGAUUCUGAUGGACCACCCACGGUGUCUGUGACGUAUACGGACUCCAGCUCUUCCUCUGUCAUGGGCGUCCACUCUCUGGUCUAUGGCAACGUAGACGUUUACAGUGCCAGCGUGAGUCUGCUGGCAGGGCCCAACUUACCCAAGAACCGGACGAUUUGCUUAGAGGCCGUGGAUGGAGGAACAUCAGACUCUGUUUGCGUUGCAGUGCAAGUGAUAUUUCCAGAUCCGUGUGCGUCUAUGCCCUGUGUGGGUCCAUCCACCUGCGAGAUGACUGGACUAGACACCUUUGUCUGUCAUUGCAAUGUAUACUUCACUGGACUCAAGUGCGAGUCACGUCGUGACAUGUGUGACAUAGUCACCUGCCAGAACGGCGCCUCUUGCAUCUCAAACCCUGCCGUCGCACCUGACAUAUUUUACUGCAUGUGUGGGGCUGGGUUUGAGGGUAUAUACUGUGAACUCGCUACCACACCACCAGCAACAGCAACUACCACACUGCAAAAAAUAAGAACCGUACCACAAACAACAACAACUACCACACCACUAACAACAUCAACUAACACGCCACAAACAACAACAACUACCACACCACAAACAACAACUACAACAACUACCACACCACAAACAACAACAACUGCCACACCACAAACAACAACUACAACCACAUCACAAACAACAACAACUACCACACCAGAACCAACUACAACUACAACCACACCACAAACAACAACAACACCACCUUCAACACCAACUACCACUCCACAAACAACAACUACCACACCACAAACAACAACAACAACUACCACACCAACACCAACAACAACUACCACACCACAAACAACAACUACCACACCACAAACAACAACAACUACCACACCACAAACAACAACUACCACACCACAAACAACAACUACCACACCACAAACAACAACAACUACCACACCACAAACAACAACAACUACCACACCACAAACAACAACAACUACCACACCAGAACCAACUACAACUACAACCACACCACAAACAACAACAACUACAACACCACAAACAGCAACUACCACACCACAAACAACAACUACCACACCACAAACAACCACAACUACCACACCACCAACAACAACAACUACCACACCACAAACAACAACUACCUCACCACCAACAACAACUAUCACACCACAAACAACAACUACCACACCCCCAAUAACAACAACUACCACACCACAAACAACAACAACUACCACACCACAAACAACAGCAACUACC